AUGGGAUCUGCUUCUGGUUCCGAUCCCUACCCCGUGUCUAUUUCGUCCCUUCACUUCCCCUCCGCAGAGCAACAAUCGAUUUCUCAGACGCUAUCUGCAUUGCGACGAUCAGCUCUCUCCGUCACCAACCGACUGCGUUCCAUCGAAGCCGACGCGGCCUUUGUCCGUGAGGUCGCAGCCCAUUACGACCUUCCUCUCAUCGCCAACGAAAGAUGCGGGAGCUGGUACAUCCCUCCUGAAGUCAAGUCUGGCAGUGCGUACUUCAAGAGUACAGAUGGUCACACGGGCCAGUGGGAUUUCAGCUUUCGCAGACUAAACUUGCAGCUUCUACCAAUUGCCAGGGAACAUGGAGGUUGCAUUAUCGUGGAUUCCACGCGCCGGGGUAAAUUGAUGCCUGAUGCCCUGUCUAAAACUGUUCCGAUCUGGUGUGCCGUCAUCAACAGGGCGCUAUUUCCAUCUGACACUGCAUAUCACGCGGUGAACUUUCCGCCAAAUUAUCUGGGCGCCUCUGAAGAGUCCCAGAUUGAGCGGAGGAUUGACGGCUUCGUCAAAUCCCUCGAGGACCUGAAACUCGAUCUGGAUGAACUCAAGCAGCAACUUGGAAAGCCUAUUCGGGUAGCAUGGGCCAACCGAGCCUAUUUUCAUCCGACAGAUCUGCAUAAAGGGGAUGACUAUCGCCUUUUUGUUCUCUGUUCCGCAUCGAAAAGGGUCCAUGGCGCAGAAAUGUCUGAAGGCGGCUAUAUCCAAGGAGCAGGAGAUGACAGCGAGAGUUGGGCCUAUGGGCUAACCCCUCCUGUCUUUUGGGCUACUAAAGCGACCCUGUUCCAGCACUCAGAAGAAGAUCUCCCGACCGUAAUCGAGCAGCUGGUAGAGGAUCACAGUAAAAAGAAUGUUGAUCAGAGAGCGAUACGCAUUGCCCCAACACGAAACUUAUAUCUCAGCCAAACACACCCUCAACUGAACAACGGCAGCAUGUUUGAUCUGGUCAUAGAUUGUAAUGCGAGCGCAGAAGGGGCAGAAGAGAAUGCGAAUCGCCUGAAUCUCGGUUGCGGAUCUUCUAAGCUUGGAAGCCGUGACCUGCGCAAACACCUGGACAAGGUCCAGGACUUCGUCAAGUCCCGUAUGAGCGCAGAUCCAUCACGGUCAUUGCUGGUGACAUGUGAGACUGGUAAGGAUCUUUCUGUUGGUGCUCUACUUGCAAUAUUGUGUCUGUUCUAUAACGAGGAAGGCGAGUUCACUGCUGUUCCAACCAACCAACUGAUCGGCAAACAGUUCAUUCGUCAGCGGCUCGCUUGGAUCACAUCCUCCAAACAUGAUGUGAAUCCCUCGCGGUCUACGCUUCAAUCGAUCAAUGCCUUCCUCAUGCAACGCCCAGAUUACUAA